CGAUUACCUACCCGCUGUAACGAAAAAAAAAAUACUAUAGGUAUCACUCCUUGUGAUGCAUCACACCGUUUUACUUUGACCACAGCUAGUUUUUAUUUAAUAUAAUAUAUAUAUAUAUAUAUAUAUAUUUAUAUAAGUACAUAUUUAAACAAGUUGGACGAUAGGAAAGAAUAAAUUAAUUUAAAUGACGCAAUUGGGGAAAUUCAGUUUGUUCAAAUAUUUGAUAAUUCCUAAUUAGAUUGGUAUAGAAUUAAAAACGAAAAAAAACUAUUAUUCUAAAUAUUUUAAUUUCCUAAACAUCAAGUUUAAGGUUAUACCGCGAAUUUGUGCGUUUUUUCUUUCACUUUUGUUAUUGUUGUUAAUUGUUAUCGAUCAUCUUCAGUUGUGUACUUGUUUGGUUGUAUCACUACAAUUCUCUAGUCACUUGUCAAUUUCGUAUUUGCCACCCUAAUUAGUGUUUUAUUACUAAAAUUGUUCUGUGUAAUUAUAAACUAUAUACCUAUCUAAAAAAGUAUUAUUUUUGUUAUUUGAAAAAAAAAAUUAUACUUACGUCUAUUGUACCAAUUUUCAAAUAUUAUCACUACGUUUGGAUGGUCGUUUUAAUUUUAUUAUUGGAUGUGAUUGAACAAUGUUGCUGUUGAAUAUCAUUCACAGAAAUAAAGACGAAUGUUUCUUAUUGAUAUUGGCGCUUUUGUUGUACUAUGUGAUGAUUUUUUUGGAAGAAACUGAGAGACUUCGCUAGGAAGGUAAGAGUUGCUUUACAUUUUUUUAUUAUAUAAGGUAGGUACUUGCAUUUCAUACCAUUAAUUGUGAUUUUCCUUGUGUAUUGCGCGUUAAAAUAAAAAAAUGAAUUCUUAAAAGUGUCAUCUCAUAACAUAAAAUUACCUAUUUAUAUUCGAAAUACUUUUACUAGUGUAGGUGAGUAUAGUAAAACCAUCACCACAAUUAUAAAAAACACUACUAUACAAUUGUAGCAACUACAUUUAGCAUAAUAAUACAAUUUGUUUUUACAUCUGUUGUAGAAAAAGCUAUUUUAAAAGUUGGUAAUUUUAAUCAAAGUCAUAUUUAGUCAUGGGAAAAGAUUCACUUUCAUUCUUUCAUCACUUCAUUUACCUUCAUUAAGAUUGUAUUUGUAUAAACAUUUAAAUAAUUCUAUUUUAAUUUUCAGGGAUUUCUCCAACUGUUUAAAUAUGUUUGUAGAGGAUUUAGUCAAAGGAUUUUAUGACAUAAUUUCAAAAAACGUAAGUGCCCACAUACGGUUGGUGUAAGAUUGCAAUAGCACUUUAGGCUAGUAUUUUAAUUGGAAUCUUUUUUAAUAUUAUUAGAAGACAUCAGAAUGGAUGUAUUUAUCUUCGAAAAAUUGUUAUUGUUAAAUACACAGUGGUAUAGUGUAUUUUAAUAUACUGGCAAAUAGAAAUAGUUUUUAACAUACUAGUUUGUAUACAUCAUACAUGACACAACUUAGUAAGUAGAGUUAAACAAAAAUGAGUACCUACUUAUUAACUAUAUUUCAACAGCAUUUUUCUUAAUUUUCUUUGAGUGAGUUUUGAUUUUACAACCAAGAUUGAUAAUUAGACUGAACGUAGUAGAGUACUAGUAAAUUUUAAUUAAUUUUUCUCUUGAAAAACUUAACUGAUUUACUAUUGUUACUGGUACUGUCAAUAAAUAAUCUAGGUCAAUAUAAAUAUCCAAUUUUAAAAAAUGCUUUUUUUUUUUUAAAAUAGACACAUAUUUUUUUGAAAUAUUAAUAUUAUUAAAUAGUAUAAAAUACAACUUAAUUUGGGAAAGCGAUACAAUUGGAGUAAUAAUGGAAUGGAAACCAUGUUGAAAGAGACCUUGGGAAAGACCUGGGAAGAGGUUAAUCGAUGUAGUCAAAGAAUAUCUAAGGAAUAUUGGAAUAGAUGCAUAGAGAGAAACGGUGGUUAACAUGGAUAGGUAACGUGAUGUGUUGGCAUUAAACUCUUAGAUAGUCAUUAAAACCAGAAGAAGAAGAAAAUUUAAGUUAAAAUUUUAAAUAAUUCUUUUGCAUAUAUUAGUAGAUAACACUAUAUCUAAUAAAGAUUAGUUUAAAUAUUAAAUUAUAACAUUGCAAUCAUAGAAAAAGAUGUUUAACACUAAGUAGAUAGUGAUGAAAUUAAUAGAAUACUAAAGUCUAAAAGCACAUUGUUUAUUUAUAAAAACGUUUUUUUCUAAAUGUUUAAAUUUGGAUAUUUUGAUUGAUUACCAUUAACAAUAUCACCGGUAAAACCCAUAAAUUCAGUAACGUGUCUUUUUAAUUCAAAAUCAUUUAUAUAUUGGAGACUAUUUAGAGGUAAAAAUGCAUAUAAUCCAAAAAUUGUUGAUCUAAUUUUAUUUAUAUAAAUGUGCAUACUUUGCUACAAAAAUUAGUUAGAUUUAUAAAUACAGACAACUUUUAAAAUUUUACUUUGGAAUCUCUUGUUUUACAUUUAUGCUAUCCUUAUAUAAUAUUAUGCAUUUUGGUAUGUUGUUAAAAAUAAGGUAAGUUUUUAGUUUAAAAUUAUGUUAUUCAAUUAAUACAUAAUUAAAAGAACUAAAUAGUGAAUAAAUAUAACAUACAAUUUUAAUGUUGUAUAUUUUUCAAAAUUUAAAGAUAGAUUGUACAAUUAUAAAUUGUCUAUUAUUUUUUUUUAUUAUAUAAAACAGUACAUAUUAAAAUAUUCUUUUUUAAUACGUAUUGAUAAUUGUAGAAUAGUAUAUUUUUUUUUCAAUCUAUUCUAGAAAAUUUUAAUAUUAGUAAACUACGAUGUGGAUGCCAUUUGUGCUGUCAAAAUUUUGCAAUGUAUAUUACGGUUUGACAACAUAAUUUAUGUACUAGUACCAGUAAAAACUACUACGGAAUUUAAAAAUGCAUUUGAAGAACAAAAAGUUGAUGUAAACUAAAUUGUCAUACAUUUAUAUAUUUUUUCAAAUAUUUAAAGUUAAAUUUUUUCAGGUAAAACAUGUAGUGUUAAUCAACUGUGGUGGUACAUUAGAUAUAAUAGAAAUAUUGGAACCAGAAGAAGAUAUUAUAUUUUUUGUGGUUGACAGUCAUAGGCCAACAGAAAUAUGUAAUAUUUAUAGUAGUUCUCAGGUAUUUAAAAAUUUCUAUAUAUUUCUAUUUUUAUACAAAACAUUUUAUUAAACAAUAUAAAUUAUAUUUAAUAUUAGGUAAGAGUACUAACACCUCCUGAUGACGAUGAAAAUAUUCCAGAUUUUGAAGAUAUUUUUAAUGAAAAUGAAGUAAUUAUUUUUAAAUGGAAGUAUUGGUUAUUAUACAUGACUGUUUUUUAAAUGUAUAUUUUUAGUCGUCAGAUGAUGAUAUAGGUUCCGAAGAACUAGAUGAAGGAGGGUCUGAUGUUGAUAAUGUUGAAGAACAACAAAACAAAAGGAGAAAACUUGAUCAAAAUGCACAUAUUAAAAGAAAUGAAAGGAGAAGAUGGGACGAAAACAGAAAGAAACUAUUAUUUGAUUAUACUCAAUUCUCAUAUUAUGGACGUUCGGUAUAUUCAAUUUCAUUUUAUUAUUUUAAUUUAAUUUUUUACUAUUAAUUCUGUGAUCAAUUUUAGGCUGCUAUGUUAAUGUUUGAUCUUGCAUGGAAGUUACACAGAGAAUCAGUUGAUUUGUUAUGGUGAAUAUUAUAUUUAGAUAUAUUUUUUAAUACACACAUUUAAUAUUUUUAUGAAUUUUUUUUUGUUCAUAAAAGGUGGGGUAUUGUUGGUGUUACUGAACAAUACAUCUUAGGCAAGACAGAACGCAUGCGUUACCUAAAAGAAGUAGAGUUGAUAGCUGGUCACAUUGGUCGUCUGUGUGAUUCUACUCUUAAUCAUGAUGACGAAGAAAAUAUGUCACAAUCAUCAAUAUCUAAACCAUCUAAUACUAAUACACAUCUUCGAAUUGAAUCCGAAAAAGAGUAAAACACAUAUUCAAUAAAUAUUUAAAUAUUAAGUUAAACAAAAUAAUAAUUUUACCCAUUUUCAGUCUGUUAUUGGCUUUAUAUAGACACUGGACGAUUGAAUGUAGUCUUCGAUAUUCUAUGUUUACAGCAGUAUCAUUAAAACUUUGGACAAUCAAAGGGGAAAAAAGAUUAAAGCAAAUACUUGCAGAAAUGGGGUACUUUAAUCUCUUGUCAUAUUAUUAUAUUGUUAUCAUAUUCAUAAUAUAAUUUUUAGAAAUUAUAUAAUUUUAAUUAUAUUUUCUUUAGAUUACCGUUAGCUGAAAGUCGUCAGAUGUAUAAUUCUAUGGAUUUAAGUUUGCGCAAACAAUUUUAUGGUAUGAUGGAAAAAAUGUCAAAUGCACAUAAUUUAUUGCAAAUGACUUACCCUUCAUUUAUGUUACAUCAAGGAUUUAAAACAAGAUAUCAGUGUGCUGAUUAUGUUUAUUCAUUAGUUGCUACAUUAGAAACUGAUGUAAGUUUGUCAAGAUACUAUAUGUUUACAAUUUUUCUAACAAUCUAUUUAUAUACUUAUAGUCUCGUGAAAAUCCCCCCACUCAGUGUUUUUAUAAUACAUUGGAUUCAUUGUCUCGGUAAGUAUUCAAAAUUAAUAAAUUAAAAGGUGUAUAAUGAAAUAUCAAAAAUACCUAUUAUAAAUAUUGUAUAGAUCAAAGAAAGAUUUAUUGGAUCAAGGAAUAGAAAAAGCCAAGUGGAUAUUAACUAACAUGUUUAGGCAUGUUCAAGCUGCUUUGGACAUGAGACAAGUUAUAUUGGCUGGACCAUUUUAUUAUUUAAUUAUACAAGAGGUACAUUAUUACUUUAUAAAUUUUUUUUUAUACAAUUGUUUAAAAAUGGAUAAAUCAAUUUUAAUUUUUAAUGUUAUUAUGUUUGUUUUCUAUUUAGGGUACGUUACAUUCCCAACAUUACUCUAACCCUCACUGCUUAAUGAUGAUUGCCUCAUUUGCACUAAGAGCUCAAAUUGCAUCAUCACAUAAAACUAAAUCUACUCGUUUGCCAUUAAUUGCUUCAGCUACUCUUAAUUCAGAGCAAGAAACAUGUUUAAUAGUUGGUAUCCCUCCAAUCACAGAAACAAUGCCUAGAAGGUAAAUUAAAUUUAUCAUUUUAAUGUAUGAAAAAAAAAAAUUGAAACUAAAAUAUUGUUGUAUUAUCAUGAUCCGUGAAUUUAUGGUCCAAGGGGGAGGAUCUUGUAGUAUUUUUGUUUUUAAAUCUUUUAAUGCUGUUUAUUGUUUUUGAACAAAUAAAAGUUAAUAAUAAUACACAAUAUUCAACAUUUUACUCUACCUAGACUCAAAAGCCAGAAAUCAACACUAUUAAUAAGAAAAAAAAAACCAAAUAUGAAUGAAAUUAAUGACAGUUUAUAAUAAUUUAUUUCUUUGAAUGUUAUACUAGUAUUAACAGUGUACAAGACAAAACAAAUAAUCCAGCUACCUGAUUAAAAAAAGUGAUUUUCAAACAUCUAUUGAAACCAAUUAAUAAUUUGUUCUCAUAAGGAUACGAAAAAAACAAAAUUAACCUGUUAUUAGAUCAUUUAUUUUUAUUUCAAUAAAAAAAUUACAUUAUGUAUUAAAUUUACUAUUCUUAAGUAUAAUAUAAUUAUAUAAUGUUUCAGUUUUUUUGGAAAAGCAUUUUCGCAAGUUGCAAAAAAUACAAAUAUAGAAGUUAAAUUGAAGUACUUCGAUUCAUCCAUUGCUGAACUAAAAACCAAAGAUCGACCAAAGUUUUUUGAUUCCUUGACAGCAUUACUUAGUUAAAUAACUUAUGGCUGUAUUUAUCUUAAUUUUAAUAUAAUGUAAAUUACUAAAAUAAUAAGUGUUUUAAAAAAAGCACAAUAACAUGUUUUUUUUUUUUUUGUUGUGUAAAUAGUUUAUUUUAAAUCUUACUUAAAAUAAUUAUUAUAAUAAUUUUGUAUAUUGAAAUAUUACCUGCUUUUAAUUUUAAUUUUUAAGACAAAAAGAUAUAGUUUUGAUUGUGUUAUACAUUUUACAACACACUGCAACAUCAAAUUCAAUCUAAAAAAUAAAAAUAAAAUUGUAAAUGUAAAAUGAGUAAAAAUAUGCAAAUAACUCUUAGGAGCAUAUUUAGUUGAAAUUUAAACUAUUUAUAAGUAAAAAACAUUUUGAAUAACAAAUUUUUUUUUUUAAAUUCCAAAAAUGUUUGCAUCAAUAAUAUACUUAAAUUAUUACCCAGUACUAUUUAAUGUAAAUUGCUAUUUAAUAUGCUUAUUAGGUAAUACUUUAAUAAUAUAAUAAUGUAUAGUAUAAAAUAUUAAAGUUACAAUUAGAAUCUUCUUUUAAAUUUAAUUUUAUUCAAAAUAAAUUAGGAAAAUAGAAUUAAAAAAAGCUAAUUUUGUUUAUUAUUAUUAUUAUUUUUAUGUAAUUGACAUGAUACUGAAACAAUUCUGUUAAUAAUUUUACACCAAUAAAAAUACUACUAAAACAGUACUAGAUUAAUAAUAGAUAUUAAAUUAUUAAAAAAUACUGGCUUACAUUUUGAGAUCUAUUAUAAAACAAAAUAAACAUUAACAAUAACUUUUAUUUGUAAAUGUAUUAAAAUAAUAACAAAUUGAAUUAAAAGAUUUCCUACAAUUAUUUACUUCACAUAAUAAAAUGUAUAUACAUGUGUAAAACAGACAUUGGAAACUUAACUUACCACCCUAUAAAUUAACACCCUCACUUACAAAAUGGCUACAAGUUUUUUAAGUAUCACUAUAUUGUAUUCAAAUUCAUACCAAGUUAAACCUUGUCACAUAUUCUAAAUGUUCCAUUUUACAAAUUGUAAACAAAUAAAUUUUAAUUUCCAGAUUAGUAGUGUAGGCAAAUGCUAAUCACCUGAUUUAAUAACAUAAAUUGUGUCAAAUGAUUUAGUCAAAAGGCUUGAAAUUAAAAUAAAGAAUGUUUGAUUUUAAUUUAGGUUGUUAAUAUUAGUUUUUUAAUUUAAAUUUAAAUAAUAUAUUGAUAUUAUAAAUUUCACAUUGUUGCAGUCAUUACAGAAAAUCAAUUUUAAAAAUUAAAUAUUACAAUUAUAAUAACGUAGCAGCAAUGAAAAUUACUAAGUUUUGAGUUAAAACAGUUUAGCUCAGUGUAUCCCAACCUUUUUGUUAUGGCAACCUCCACUGUUGUUGGUGGGAAGUUGGGAAGGUAGGAUACAGAAGGGAAUUUAAUGUAUUUUUAUAAGGAAUGAUGAACCAUUGCUAACGAAAAAAUGUUUCCAAGCAGAGUUCAGUUGAUAGUAAUGCUUUAUCAACAAUAUAUAUGUUAUAUUAUGGUAAAAUAGUUAUUGUAUACUUUUUUUAAUAAUAUUUGUUUUUAAUACUGUACCGAUUUUCUCAGUUUAUAACAUUUGCUUUGAAAACUCUUGGGAAAAUCAAAAAAUGACAUCCUUAAAGUAUCUUUCUAGUCGGAUUACCUUUCAGAAAAAGUGCCGUCAUUGUAAAUUGGAACAAAAUUGCUGCUAGAAAAGUUUUUCAUAGGAAAAAAGGCCGUAAUAAUUUUUAACUAAUGUUUAUAUUUUGUACAUUUUCAGUUUUUCCUCAAUUUUUUUCAUUUUCAACUUAUAGUUUAGGAAACGCUAUAAACGCUAUAGGAAAUUUAUAUAUUAUUGAUUAUACUUCUGACAGUAGUUAUAUAAAAAUGAUAAGAACAGUUUUUGAUAUCACUACAUGGUUGCAUAUCAACAUACUGUACAUAAAAUACAAGCUUAUUUUAUGUGUUUUGGCAUAAGAAAUCGGGGGUUUAUUUUUCAACAAAUUCCAUAUGUGCUUGCAAAGCACCUAGGGCCUAGAUAAAGUAAUUUUAAAAUUAAAUAUAGUAGUAUUUAGUAUUCAAAUAUAACAAAUUGAAAUAUAAAUACAUGUAUAUAUCAUAUACAGAAUACAUUUUGUCUAAUAAUUGAUAAAAUCAUUUUUUUUUUAAAAAACAUAGACUAUUAUAUUAAAUUAUGGCAAUAACCCACUAUGUUUGUAAUAAUAAAACACCUUGUUAAUCAAUCUAUUCUAAGAAACCAAAUAUUGAUUAUUGUCAGUACCUACUAAAAAUAUUUGUAUUAGUUACAUAUAUAUUAUUGGGAAUCCCAAUACUUGAUGACAAACAAUAUUAAUAGAGCUAUUAUUAGAGCUUUGAAAUUGUUAUAUUAAUUUUGAAUAUCAUUAAUAAAAUAUUUUUGAAGUUAUACUUUGAAGUAUAAUUUUUCGAUUUUUAAUGAUAUUUUAGAUUUUAAGCCCUGGAUUUAGUACAAUGUUAUAACAUCAAUCCGAUAAACUGAUUCCUCUAUAGCAAAAUUAUUGGCCUGGGAGAACAUUUUUCCAAUAUAGGUGUUAAAGGGUGGUAAAUUUUUGAGGAUAAAAUAUUUUAAUUAAUAUACAUAUACUUAUAUACAUAUACAUAUAUACAUAUAUAUCCACAUACAUGCAUACAUAUAUUAACACUUCAUUGUAUUUAUUUACUUCAGAUAUUUUACUUUAUAUAAAUACCUCGUUUAAUAUAAAUACCUGACAAAAAGUCACAUCUAAUUUUUGAAGAUCUGCACUUUCGAAUGACUUGUAAGCACUUUUUGAAAAUAAAGCGCCCAUAAUGACCAUUUUCUUCUGCUAUGUGAUAAUUUCACCAUAGUUGUAACAGGAUUUUUUUUUCAUUAAAAUAAUUUUUAUGGAUUUUUUCUUUUGUUUUUAUUUUAAUAAGUUACAUAGUUAUAUGCUUAACCCUACCCUCAUUUUUAAAUUACACCUCAUAAAUAGCAUGGAGUUUUUAAAAAUCAAUUCUAAACAACCUCUAUCAUGAAAAGUAAAUAUUUACCUUAAGUGUAAUGAAUGAUUUUAAAGUAUUGUCAUCUUGGAUACUAUUUUAAUGAUAAUUUCUUCGACUAUUGCCAUUGUGCCCUUAUAAUAAAACAAAUAAAAGAAAUAACUUAAUUCAGAACAUAAAACAAAAUAUGAAAAUAAAUACCUCUAUGUCUAUGACUACUACUAUUACGGCGAUCACGGCUUCUACUUCUCCGUCUUUCUUUUUCAUGUCUUUCUGAUUUUCUGUGAAAUAAAUAGUUACAACAGAUUAUAAUGAUUUAAGAAGCUCUAUAACUGAAAUAAAUUACAAAAAUAACACAU